CUGUAGGUCACGUGACCUAUCGGUCCUUUCCUUCCUCCGAUGCGGGGUCCCGUGAUCCUAGCGUCUGUAUUCACCUGUCAAUCGCUUCUUAAAGCACGGGAAGUUCUUCUGGCAAAUUUUGCAGAUGCGUUCGAGAGCCGAUCGGAGAUGAGAGUGCCCGGAUGUUGGGUGUGGUAGUUGGUGUCGUCUUUUUGAGGUCUGUUUGGCGGUUUGUGCACUUGAAGGGGAUUGGAGGUUUAGGAUGGUAUUACUAUGUGCCUAUAAGCGGUAAUAAUACUACAAGAAAGCGAGUUACCAUUGUUGAAGCCGUAAUCAAAUACGCAAACCGUUCCGUAUUCUCCAUUUCUUCGCCUCUCUCCAAUACAAUGAGUGUUGAAUUUUGACCGUUGAGUUCGGGAAAUAUAUCUGACCGUGGUCGGUCGCGAGACGCGGGAAACGCCAAUAGGAAUUAUUGCGAGCUACAACAAAGCAUAUAAUUGAAUUUUUCUCUUGAGAAGCCAUAAUUACC